AUGACUCCUGAGAAGUUCGCCCACAAGACAAACGAGGCGCUAGUCAGUGCUAGCAACCUGGCGGCGAGCGCCGGCCAUCCGCAGUUCACUCCUCUCCAUCUCGCCGUCGCCUUGAUCUCGGACUCAACCGGGAUCUUCAAUCAGGCGAUCACCAGCGUCGGCGGCGAAAAUGCCGCGAAAGCGGCAGAGAGGGUCCUGAAGCAAGCCCUGAGGACGCUUCCCUCGCGGAGCCCGCCGCCAGACAAAGUUGCCGCGAGUUUAAGUUUGAUUAAGACGAUAAGGCAGGCUCAGGCCACUCAGAAGGCGCAGGGGGACUCUCAUCUGGCCGUCAAUCAGCUCGUCUUAGGCCUCCUCGAGGACUCCCAAAUCAGGGAGCUGCUUAAAGAAGCCGGGGUUGAUCCGGCAAGAGUGAAGUCCGAGGUCGAGAAGCUGCACGGUAAAGAAGGGAGGAGAGUGGAAAGUGCCUCGGGAGACACCAAUUUCCAGGCAUUGAAGACUUACGGAAGAGACCUGGUCGAGGAGGCUGGUAAGUUGGACCCUGUCAUCGGUCGCGACGAGGAGAUUGGGAGGGUUGUGAGAAUCCUCUCAAGGAGGACUAAAAACAACCCAGUUCUUAUUGGAGAAGCCGGAGUGGGUAAAACUGCCGUGGUAGAAGGCUUGGCUCAGAGGAUAGUGAAAGGCGAUGUGCCAAGCAACUUAGCUGACGUGAAAGUCGUGGCAUUGAACAUGGGCGCUCUGGUCGCGGACACGAAGUAUAGAGGGGACUUCGAGGAGCGUGUCAAGGCAGUUUUGAAGGAAGUGGAAGAGAACCAAGGGAAAGUGACUUUGUUCAUUGAUGAAAUUCACCUUGUUCUCGGUGCCGGGCAAAUCAAAGGGUCGUCCAUGGAUGCUGCAAAUCUGUUUAAGCCCAUGCUCGCUAGGGGUCAGCUCAGGUGCAUCGGCGCCACAACCCUCGAUGAGUACAGGAAGUAUGUCGAGAAAGACGCGGCCUUUGAGAGGAGGUUCCAACAGGUUUAUGUGGCGGAGCCGAGCGUUGCUGACACAAUUAGCAUUCUGCGAGGGCUGAAAGAGAAGUAUGAAGGGCAUCAUGGUGUUCGGAUUCAAGACCGAGCACUUGUGGUCGCUGCACAAUUGUCGAGCAGAUACAUAACUGGUCGUCGUCUGCCCGACAAGGCCAUAGAUCUGGUCGACGAGGCCUGUGCGAAUGUGCGAGUCCAGCCGGAUAGCCAGCCGGAGGAAAUUGACAACCUUGAAAGGAAGAGAGUGCAAUUGGAAAUCGAGAUACAUGCUCUCGAGAAAGAAAAGGAUAAGGCAAGCAAAGCUCGAUUAGUGGAGGUUCAUAAGGAGCACGAUGACUUGAGAGACAAGUUUCAGCCUCUGAUAAUGAAGUACAAAAAGGAAAAACAAAGAAUCGACGAGAUUCGGCAGCUCAACAAAAGAGAGGAGCUCCUCUUUGCUGCCCAAGAGGCCGAAAGAGGAUAUGACUUGGCUAGAGCUGCUGAUUUGUGGUAUGGGGCGAUCCCGGAAGUGGAAAAUGCUAUUGCGGAGCUCGAAGGAAAUGCCGAAGGGAACUUGAUUUUGACCGAGACCGUCGGGCCAGAGCAUAUAGCAGAGGUAGUGAGCCGCUGGACAGGCAUACCUGUUACAAGGCUCAGCCAGAACGAGAAAGAGAGGUUGGUCAGGCUCGCAGAGAGAUUGCAUCAGAGAGUUGUCGGACAAAAUCAAGCGGUCGAUGCUGUUGCCGAUGCUAUGUUGAGGUCGAGAGCCGGGUUAGGAAGACCACAGCAACCAACUGGAUCAUUCCUAUUCCUGGGUCCAUCUGGAGUCGGCAAGACAGAGCUCGCAAAGGCUCUCUCCGAGCAGCUCUUUGAUGAUGAAAACCAAAUUGUAAGAAUCGACAUGUCCGAGUACAUGGAGAAACAUUCGGUCGCACGUCUGAUUGGUGCGCCUCCCGGAUAUGUCGGACAUGAGGAGGGUGGGCAACUAACCGAGGCCGUGAGGCGGAGACCUUACAGCAUUGUGCUAUUCGACGAGGUUGAGAAAGCUUGUGUAUCUAUCUACAACACCCUUCUUCAAGUUUUGGACGAUGGAAGACUUACUGAUGGCCGGGGCCGCACGGUCAACUUUCGAAAUACCGUAAUCAUCAUGACCUCAAACCUCGGGGCAGAGCACCUCCUGUUGGCACUUACAGGCAAGUGCUCGAUCGAAGUUGCUCGCGAUCAAGUCAUGCAAGAGGUGAGGAAGCAUUUCAGGCCAGAGUUGCUUAACCGGCUCGAUGAGAUCGUUGUGUUCAAUCCACUGUCACGCGAUCAACUGAGGAAAGUUGCCAGGUUGCAGAUGAAAGAAGUGGCUGGUCGGCUUGCCGAGAGAGGCAUCGCUUUGGCAGCGACCGACACAGCUUUGGACUACGUCUUAGCCGAAAGCUUCGAUCCACUCAUUUGUCUUUUUUUUCAGGCUUAUGGUACUAGACCUAUCAGGAGGUGGCUGGAGAAGCGAGUCGUGACCGAGCUGUCAAGGAUGCUCAUAAGGGAGGAGCUCGACGAGAACUCGACCGUCUACAUAGACGCCGCGCCACACGCUGACGGCUUGGCGUACCAAGUGGAGAAGAAUGGAGGACUUUUCAAUCCAGAAACCGGGCAGAAGUCGGAGAUACUCAUUCAGGUACCGAACGGGCCCAAAAAUGACACGGCUCGCAUGCCGGUAAACAAGAUCAAGAUCGAGGAAAUCGACGCUGAUGAAGAAAUGGAUGACCUGAAUCCGUGAUUGGAGAUUCAGCCAAAGUGUUGCC